AUGAGUUCAGAGAAACUGGAGAUCAGAUACGAUGGCAAAGAAGUGGUGUCUUUGGUGAAGUGGAAGGUGAGGUCGGGUCAACGGAUCGGUCAAAGUGGUCAACAACUGUUCACUUAUCGGGUCUGGGAUUCAAACGACGGGCCCAUCGGUAACACCAUUGCCUUCAAGUGCAAGAAUGUGGGACUCAUUGUGGACCAGUUGGUCAAGAAAGAGGGCGAUCUGGUUGUGCCCAACGAUGUGAUCAUCGAAUACAAGGAAUGUCUUCACAACACAGUUAUGAAGGAGUUGUGCGCCGAUUGUGGCGCUAAUAUCAACGCAUUGGAUGACAGCCAACGCCGAAGAAUAGCGGAACUCACGUCUGUAUCAAUGGUUCAUUCAGUGCCCGAACUCCGGGUCAGCAAAGAGAGGGCCGAGACGUUAGGCAGAGCUGACGAACAGCGACUCCUGAAGGACAGGAAACUCGUACUACUCGUCGAUUUGGAUCAGACUUUGAUUCACUCGACUAAUCACAACAUACCGGCCGAUGAGCCGGACGUCCAUCACUUCCAACUGUAUGGACCGCACACUCAGUGGUAUCACACGAAGUUGAGACCGCAUACGAUGUCGUUCUUGGAGUCCAUGUCUAAGCUCUUUGAGCUGCAUAUCUGCACAUUCGGUGCCCGACGUUAUGCCCACACAAUCGCUCACCUAAUGGAUCCCAAAGAACUGUAUUUCCCAAAAGACCGAAUCCUUUCGCGCGACGAAUGCUUUGAUCCCAAUCUCAAGACUGGAAACAUGAAGUCCUUGUUUCCGUGCGGAGACUCAAUGGUCUGUAUUAUCGACGAUCGCGAAGACGUCUGGAAUUUUGCCCCUAAUUUGGUGGCCGUUAAGCCUUACGUUUGCUUUCGAGACACUGGAGAUAUCAACGCCCCUGAGAAGGCUGUCGGCCCUCAAGGGAAUCAAAUGAGUGACAAAACCGAUGCUUUGAAAGAGUUUACAAAAGAGGAGCGUUUGGAUGGAAAAGAGGAGCAAAUAAGUGAACAACAAAUGGAUGGCAAACAAAGUGUCGAAAUCAAAGAUACCACAGAAGAAAGUGUGGAAAAGACAACGAAAACAGAAUCAGAGGAAUCGAGUGACAAAACCCCUGAAGCAAGCGAUGAGAAGACUAUUGAGAAAAUUGAAUCCAAAGACCAAGAGUUAAAAAGUGAAGAGAAAUCCGAUACAAAGGAAUUGCCGAUUGAAUCUCAAAAGAGUGUUCAAUCGGAGAGUGAAAUCAAUUCAAACUCUUCUUCCAAUGAAACAAACGACGAAAAUAUUGAUAAUAAAAGCGAUAAGAAUGUGACAAAAGAAGUGAAUGAAAGGCAUAAAGUGUUGAACGAAGACACCGACGAUUAUCUCUUAUAUUUAGAGGAGAUAUUGACUCGAAUUCAUAGUGAAUAUUAUAAAGAAUAUGACGAAAAGAUGAAAUACAAGAGCGAUUCCGAAGAGAUUAAGAUUCCGAACCUCAAAGAAAUCAUACCAAAUGUUCGCAAACGUGUGUUAAAUGGCGUUAAUAUAGUGUUCAGUGGAGUCAUCCCCACGAAUAUGACACCAGAAAAGCAUAAACUCUAUGCUAUCGGCAAAAGUUUUGGCGCAACCAUGAGUACUGAUGUAGUGGUGGACGGGUCGCCCAAAACGACUCAUCUGAUUGCCGCCAAAUGGGGAACCGUUAAAGUGAACAAAUGCGUCAAAGCAAAGAACGUAUGGAUUGUUAGCCCCAAUUGGCUCUACUGUUGUGCCGAACGAUGGGAACGGGUUGACGAACGCCUGUAUCCUCUGGACCGAGAAGUUGUGAGCACUGAGAGGGAUAAGUCAUUUACAAAGCAAAUGCCUGAUCCUAAUGUUGAUAGAAAGCCAAUUAGUCGUCCGACACCUGAAGCACCAGUUGUGGAAAGUUUUGCAACCUAUGACCCAAAGACAGGCAAACGAAUUCGACCACAAACUCAACCGGAGAACACUUUUUUAGACAAGAGUCCAGAGAUGAGCGCAAAAGGCAGUGGAAGUGACGCCAAUCAGCAGAUGUUGGAACAGAGCCGUCAAAUACAACCGCACAAUAUGUUAGACUUUUCGCCGCUCUCUGUGUUUAGUGUUAAUGAGUUGCAAAGUAUGGGCAAAGAAGUGGAUGACGCGUGCAGUGAAGGUGACGCCAUGAGCACCGGGAACACAGACAGUGACAGUGAUGUCGAUGAGACUGAAGGUAAUAAAAACACUAAAAGUGAAAAACGAGUGCUCGAGUCGACGAGUGAUGACAGCGAAGACGGAGAGUAUCCGAAGGGUUGGAACCAAAACAAGAAGAAGAAAACGACUGAAAGGAAACGCAUCGCAGAAAUGGAAGAAACAAACGAUUCGACCCGAGAUUGGGAUGACUUCGACAAUAAACGUCUGAACGAUGGCGAGGAGGAGUCCAGUGAAGACCAGUCCAUCGGCUCUGUGGACGAAGAGAUGGCUUUAGCCGUUGAGCGAGAGUUUCUCAGUUAG